AUGGCCUGGAGGAACCACAGUGCCAUCACAGAAUUCAUUCUCACUGGGCUCUCUGACGACCCCCUCAUCCAGGCUCUACUUUUCGUGCUGUUCCUGGGGAUUUACCUCCUCACCAUGACCGGGAACCUGAUGCUGCUGCUGGUGAUCAGGGCUGACUCCCACCUCCACACGCCCAUGUACUUCUUCUUAAGCAACCUAUCAUUUAUAGACCUCUGUUUCUCGUCCGUCACGGUACCGAAGCUGCUGAAGGACCUCCUGUCUGAGAAGAAAAGCAUCUCUAUAGAGGGCUGCCUGGCUCAGGUCUUCUUUGUGUUUUUUUCUUCUGGCACUGAAGCCUGCCUGCUCUCAGUCAUGGCUUAUGACCGCUAUGCAGCCAUCUGCCACCCACUACUCUAUGGCCAGGUGAUGAGAACUGAGUUGUGCGUGAGGCUUGUUUUGGUCUCAUGGGGCGUGGCCUCUCUCAAUGCAACCAUCAUUGUGCUUUUGGCUGUCAACCUGGACUUCUGUGAGGCUCAAACCAUUCACCACUACACCUGUGAGCUGCCUGCCCUUUUCCCCCUGUCCUGUUCCGAUAUCUCCAUCACCGUUGACAUCCUUCUUGGUGCCAGCUUAUUGCAUGGGCUGGGAACCUUUAUCCCAAUCUUCUUCUCCUAUGCCCGCAUUGUCGCCACCAUCUUGAGCAUCAGCUCCACCACAGGGAGAAGCAAAGCCUUCUCCACCUGCUCCUCCCACCUCGCGGCAGUGACCUUAUUCUUUGGGUCCGGCUUUCUUUGCUAUCUCAUGCCUCCUUCUGGCUCUUCCCUGGAUUUGCUAUUGUCUUUGCAAUACAGUGCAGUCACACCCAUGUUGAAUCCCCUCAUCUACAGCCUGAAAAACAAGGAGGUAAAGGCAGCUGUGAAUAGAACCCUGAGAAAGUGUCUGCUUUAG